AUGCCCUCCGCGUACCCGCAGCGAGCCCUGACGGUGCUGCUGCUCUUCGGGACCUUGUCCGCUGCCAUGGCCCUGCUCUCCUCCAGCCUCAUCUUCCAGCUCCCGUCGGGCCGGGCCGCUCCCGGUGCCGCCCCCGGUGCCGCCGGCGGUCGCGGGGCGCUCCCGGAGCCGGUGGCCGCCGCUCUGCUGCCGGUAUCGGCCGUGCUGGCCGCGCUCUGCCUGGUGCUCAACGUGAGCUGCCUCCUGCUCUGCCUCCUCCACGGCUACUUCAGCACCGAGCUGUGCCGGGGGCAGGCCGGGCCCGAGCGGGCAGACUGGUUCCUCCUGGACAGCCGGAGCGUCCGGCACGCAGCCAUCGGCCUCUUCUGCUGCGGGGUCUGCCUCUACCUCACAGCUCUGGCCCUUUUCAUGCUGCUGCUGUUGGAGCUGGAGGCUGCCAUCGCCAGCUCCUGCAUCCUGACCUCUGGAAUCCUCGUCCUGCUCAUCUCCGUGCUCCACGCGCUGCUCCGCGCUUCCCACAUUUCCCGGAUUUCCCGGAUUUCCCGAGGCUCGGAGCCUGCCCAAGCCCUGUACGAGAACGACUCCGCCCAGCCCGGGCACGGCAGCGACCUCAAGGGGAACCGCCCUGAAAUCCCCAGGGAAUUCUCCUUCCCACCUUCCCUGGAGCGCAAAUCCCAGCCGGGCUCCGCCUCCAGCAGCAAGCGGAGCUCGGCUGGGAGCGCCAGGAGCGAGGAAAUCCCCAGGGAAUUCCAUCUCCCCUGGUCCCGCACGCACAGGACCCUGGACUCGGGGCUGCUCCAGGAGCAGGGAAAACCUUGGAAUGCCAUCACCAGGAACACCAUGUCCCACAAGGACUCCACCCUGGUGUGA